AUGGAACUCCUACACGUCAUUAUAAAGUCAGGCCCAUCACCGAGACCCCUUGCUUGGUCAUUGGAGAUAUCACCGUCAGAAAACAACGACGACUGGCGCAUGGUGCGUGCCUUCGGAGACCGAGACCACUGCCGGAAACUUUGGGACUUAAGACCGGAGCGCCGGAGAAGGAAGGCCAGGGGAGCAAAAAGGACCAGUAGAGCCGAGAAGCUUACGUGUUCAACACAAUUCGCAAGUCCAAGACCUUUGGAAAAUGGAGAAAUGCACGUGGCGAUCGGAGAAGGUGUGUCAGCGCGUCGAUUGAGGAUCUCUUUUCGCGCGGCGCAUGCGGCAGCAACGAGGCAGCAGUACUACUCUGUGCGCGAACUGACGAUUGCAGCCAGGUGUCUUUGCCAUGGGCACGCUAAGCAUUGCACUGUCGAUGCCGAGGGUGCCCGGUGCUCGUGUUCUCAUAACACCUGCGGCGCGCACUGCCAGCGCUGCUGUACAGCGGGAGACUGGCAACCGAACUUACCCUGCGUCCCGCCUAACAACGAUCGAGCUGAUGGCUGCUCCUGUGACCAGCGUGGUGCUUGCGCUUACGACACUGGGGCUGUGCUUUGUGUAAAUUGUACGGAUAACCGCGCUGGUCCCCUCUGCGAUCGAUGCUUAUUCGGCUUUUACAACGCAUUACCUGACGGCCCCUGUAUUCCGUGUGAAUGUGACCCAGAAGGUUCCGACGGUUCGUGUCAAUGGGAUAAAAAACACCACCGCGCCAAAUGCAACUGUAACCCUGGAUACACCGGCGACCAGUGCGACGCUUGCAUCGAACCACUGGCUACAUUCCCCAGCUGCAGUGUUCAGGAGACGACACCUGCGUGUAAAUGUGACCCCAGGGGUAUUGUAGACCCUAAUCGCAUAUGUGAAGUUGUUUGCGAAUGUAAGCCAAACGUGGUGGGGGAACGAUGCGAUACGUGCGCAUCUGGACAUUACGGACUUAACGCGGAACUGGCGACGGGCUGCCGUCCGUGCUACUGCUCGCACGUCACAGACUCCUGCACGGCCGAGCGCGAGCCAACGCGCGAUAUGGUGCUCCCUCUUGGCGACGCUUGGCUUAUCAGCGAUUGGGAAGCAAAAGAGACGUAUGAGCCAUCUGUUGAUGAUCAGGGAAAACCAUUCCUGAUUAGUUACGAGGUAGAAGGCUGGGAAAAUUACUAUUGGCUGACAAACACUUUUAACGGAGAACAGCUCUCAGCAUACGGUGGUGAAAUCAGAGCAACUUUGUUUUGGGGAGUCGCCCGAGGAGAUACUGGGGGAAGUCCAACAGUUGGUCCGGAUGUCCUACUGGUUUCUGCAGAUGGUACGCGAUUGACAUACAGCAACACCAGUCAUGAGAUACCUGGCCAACUUGAGUUAGUUGUAUCUUUGCUGGAGGGCAGCUGGUACUCAGACUUAGGUGAUAUGGCCAGCCGCAGUCAGUUACUCGACGUGCUGAGCGACGUGCGCGCUCUUAUGUUGCGAGCGUAUUUUCACAACGACCAGGAUGAGGUCCGUCUGGAGGGUUUGGAGGUGCGUGGAGCUGGCAGCGGAGUCCGGGAGCGGUGCGCGUGCCCCAUGGGCUACGAGGGUGCGCACUGCCAACGCUGCGCCUGGACUCACGCGCGGCUGCAGCGAGCCCCUGGGACGACGCCCUCCUUCGAGUGUGUUCCCUGCCCGUGCAACAUGCACGCUAGCUGUCGCACAGUGGAUGGCCCCUGCGGUCCGUGUCAGCACAAUACUACAGGGCUUCAUUGUGAACGAUGCUUACCCGGACACUACGGCAACCCUGUACAGGGUUCAUGCAAGCCUUGCGCGUGUCCGCUUUACCUGCCUUCCAACAACUUCAGUCCGAACUGCGCACUCGCGUCCGCUGAAGGAGACGAUUUUGUUUGCACGCAGUGCCCCGACGGGUACACAGGCGAUCACUGUGAGCUAUGCGAUGUGGGUUAUUGGGGUUCACCAACGACACCGGGUGGGUCGUGCCAGCCGUGCGCUUGCGGCGGGGCGCCGUGUCGCGCCGACACCGGCCGAUGCUUGGUGUGUCCGCCGCACACAGAGGGGGCGCGGUGUGACCAGUGUCAGGAGGGGUACUGGUUCGGCGGCGAGGGGGAGCAGUGCGUGGCGUGCGCGUGCGGGCGCGGCGCGUUGUCGGGCGCGUGCGACGCGCGCACCGGACGAUGUGCGUGCGCGCUCGGCUGGGCGGGCCGCACCUGCGAUAUCUGCGCACAGGGAUACGGCGACGUGGCGGCGGGGUGUCCGGCGUGCCGGUGCGGAGUUGCAGCGUUGGACGGCGCGUGCGAGCCGCGGUCCGGUGCGUGCGAGUGCGCGCCCGGUGCCUCGCCGCCGCACUGUGACGUCUGCCUGCCCGCGCACUACGCACUUAGUGACACCGGCUGCCUGGGUAAGUCACUACGCAUGCUCAGAUUAGCAUUUUUCAGGUUGGAAUGUUUGUGGCUGGUUUAUAUGUUUUAA